AUGCCCGGGUCCUCAUACAGUCUUCGCUCGUUUGGUAGUACCGUCCUUCGCGCCUUCAUUAUCCCAAUCGUCUUUUCCGUCAAUGUUGCGUUCAUUCUGCGGGUGUACUGGCCGAAAGAGCAUUAUGGAAUUUGUCCAACCCUAUCCGGUGCAAUCACUGGCCUCGGCCAUGGAUUUGGCCAACUUGUGGAGGUCCAAGUUAGUGUUUGUCAACUCGGCCUGAGAAAAGCGGAGACAUCGGCCGUGUGA